CAGGCUCCAGUCAGACAGGGGAGUCUCCGGCACCAGCAACUAUGAGACCACACCAACCCUGCACCAGCAGCAGCCCUCUUCAGUUGCUUGCUUUUGCUAUUACAGCAAUGACUUUCACUUCUGCAACAAGCCAACAUAUAUCAGAGAUUACAUGCAUUUUAAUCAACCAGCAGAAUAAAGAUUCAAGAACACAGGAGGUGUUUCUGGAGAUGCCUAGUAUUUCGGAAGAUCUUGGUUGUGAUUUGAGUUCUCAAAGCACAGAAAAUGUCUAUGAAUCAGCAAAAAAUGUGGAAGUUGACCUGUUUGGAGACAUUGAAUUAAAAGUGAUAAUGAAUAUUUCAGAGACCAUUUCAUGCCUUUGGGUCUUCAAAGAGAACCAAGCUGACUGCACACCCUCACUGGACUCAGAAAACCGAUAUGUUAUUUCGCUGGUCUUUUCAAAAAUACAAGAAAAUCAAGCUGGAAAAUACACCCUUGCAGUUCAAGGUGAAAACAGUAUCUACACGAUAAUAUUUACAGUUCUCGUAAGAAGUAAACCAAGGAAGCCUUAUUUUGUAAAAAGUGAAAAUUUGACCAUUAUAAACUGCAUGUCUGAAAGCUACCCUCCACCACUUAUUGAAUGGUUAUUUUGCAGAACACCUGAUGACAGUUGCACCAAUUCAAAUCUUAAAGACCAUAAAAGAAAUGGGGAAGUAUAUGGAGUACAGAAGGUACAACACGGAUUUUCACCAAAUACGUUAUUUCAAACAGACAUACAGUGCUGCGCAACUAAUGAGCUGGGCAGAGAAUGCACUAAACUAUAUACAAUAGAUCUAAAUGAAAAUCUUGGAGCAUCUUUACCAGAAUUACUUCUUAAAGUUGGGGAACCAUUAUUAAUAAGAUGUAGAGCAGUUUAUGAAAGCUAUGCAUUCAAAUUGAAAUGGUAUUUUGAAAACAGAGAAUUAAAGAAGGCACGCUGGUUUGAAGAAUCAACCUAUCGAAAAGACUUGUCUAUGGUUCGGAUUCUCUAUGCAUUUGCCUCAUCGAUGGGACGAAGUGAUAGUGGACAUUAUACCUGUUCUUCUACAGAACAUCCAAAUAAAACAGCUUUGGUUACAGUCUUAGAAGAGGGAUUUAUAAAAGUAACUGACUCGAGAGAAGAUUUUGAGAUUGACCUGUUGGAAAAGUUUUGUUUUGAAAUCAAACUUAAAGUAUACCCACCAAUCAGAUGUAUAUGGAUUUCUUCCCAACAAUCGUUUCCUUGUGAGCAAAAUUACAGUGCAGAUGGAUACAGCAUUUCAUCAAGGUUCUGUGAUCAUAAAUAUCAAUCAGGGGAAUACGUAUUCUAUGCAGAAAAUGAUGAUACGUAUGUGAAUAAAACAAUGACGUUGCAUGUAAAACGAAAACCUGAAGUAAUCAUACAGUCAACAUCAAAACAGAUUACUUGCUUCUCUGAUAGUUACCCUGCACCAUUUUGGACUUGGAGGAAAUGUCUGGGACCUGAUUUUUCUAAUUGUACAGAAGAAAUCACAGAAGGAAUUUGGAGAGGAACACCUGAGCGAAUAACCUUUGGGUCCUGGCAUUCCAGCAGCACUUUAGAUGUACAGAAUACAAUGAUAGGCUUCUAUGUGGAGUGCUGUGCAAACAAUUCCGUUGGCGCAUCCUGCGUGAAGGGGUUCACUAACCAACAAGGAGCUGUUUCUUCCCUCCGAGAUAACAUUUCAUUCUAUGCAACUAUCGGAUUUUGCCUUCCAUUUAUAGCUGUUUUGCUUAUAUUUAUUUUUCAUAAAUACAAAAAGCAAUUUAGAUAUGAAAGUCAAAUGCAAAUGAUACAGGUAGUUGGUCCUUCAGAUAAUGAGUACAUCUACAUUGAUUUCAGUGAAUUUGAAUAUGAUCUCAAAUGGGAGUUUCCAAGAGAAAAUCUGGAAUUUGGGCAGGCACUCGGCUCUGGUGCCUUUGGAAAGGUUAUGAAUGCUACAGCUUAUGGAAUUAGUAAAACCGGGGAUUCAGUCCAAGUUGCAGUCAAAAUGCUGAAAGAAAAAUCUGACCCUUCCGAAGAAGAUGCUCUAAUGUCAGAACUCAAAAUGAUGACUCAUAUUGGAAGCCAUGAAAACAUUGUAAAUCUAUUAGGCGCUUGCACCAUAACAGGUCAUGUUCUCUAGACCUUUAAUCAUUCUUGUUGCUAUUCUAUGGACCUUCUCCAAUUUCUAAGGAAUAAGAGAGAAAAAUUUCACCGGACGUGGACAGACAUCUUCAAACAGCACAAUUUCAGCUUUUACCACAAUUUCCACUUGGACCAAAAUGCCAGAUUGGAUGAUUUUGGAGGUAUGCAGCUAAGGCGGGACUCAGAUUUGACCUCUGGAUCAAACUGGAUUACAUUGUAUUCUGAGGAAGAAGAAAUGAAAUAUAUCAACCGAAGGGUUUAUGAAGAGGAGGACUUCAAUGUGCUCACCUUUGAGGAUCUUCUCUGCUUCUCAUAUCAAGUUGCCAAAGGAAUGGAGUUUCUUGAGUCAAAAUCGUGCAUCCACAGAGACCUGGCUGCUAGGAAUGUAUUAGUGACUUGUGGCAAAGUGGUGAAAAUAUGUGACUUUGGCCUAGCUAGAGAUAUAAUGAAUGACUCUAACUACGUCAUCAGAGGCAACGCUCGGUUACCAGUCAAAUGGAUGGCUCCUGAAAGUUUAUUUGACAGGAUUUACACAAUUAAGAGUGAUGUCUGGUCUUAUGGAAUAUUACUGUGGGAAAUAUUCUCUCUCGGUGUGAAUCCUUACCCUGGAAUUCAGGUUGAUUCAAACUUUUACAAACUCAUUCAAAGUGGAUUUAAAAUGGACCAGCCAUUUUAUGCUACAGAAGCAAUAUACUUUGUAAUGCAGUCCUGUUGGGCACUGGACUCUCGAAAAAGGCCCUUCUUUUCACAGCUGCGUCCUCUCAUAGAACGUCAGCUGGUUGAUGCAGAAGGAGCGGUAUAUCAAAAUACGGAGAACAAUAUUUCUACAUACUCUUCCAAUUCCAAAACCAAAUCACGUGAAAGCAGGGAAGAUGAACCCUUUCCAUCCAGUGUUCCAUCCCAGGAUGAAGAUUCUGAGAUCAAAAAAUGACCUGGUUUCUGGAUUUUACCUAGAAAUUAAUAUAAGCUUUGUAUAUGAUUAAUGUUUUAUGUCACCACUCUAAGUAAACAGAUUAUUUGCUGCUGCUACAUUAGUGUUUCUUACAGGCAAUUCCAUCAUCCUCAUACCUUGCAGGGAAACUUUAUUCAAAUUCAUUAUUUUAAAUCCAAAAAUGCAUUUACCACAAGCUAGGAGCAGUAUGUAUUUUUAAUCAAUGACUUUUUGAUGCAUCUACAACUGAAAGCCACCAAGUAACAGCCUUAUGAAAGGCAUGACAUUCAAACUACUAUAUGCUGUGCACUGUAAGCAAACGUGGAAAUCUUAAGACAUUUUCAAACUUGCACGUUUAAAGUCAUACACCAGAAUCCUAAGGAUCUGAUUUUUCAGAAGUGCUGCUCACACACAGCUCCCAUUGCACUUGAUGAAGAUUGAGAGUACAGAGCAGCUAUGCAAAUCAGGCCACUUGGAUUUAAAGGCCUAACUUUAAACACCUGUGUUUGAAAAGAUUGGCUGUUAUUGCCAAGGACCUAAUAUGUUUUUCAGUAGUUCUGAUCAUUUGAUUUGGGAUCUUUUCAAUUUUAUAUUUCCUGUGAGAUGUACAGCUUGAAUUCUUAUACUUCUGUCAGGUGAACAACUUAAUAUUGAAUGAGGCGAUUCUUGAUAUUCAUUUAGAGAUAUAAUCAUCUCUAUGAUUCAGCAACAAUUCCAUUCCCAGGAGUUUAAACAAAAGUUAUGUCUAUAAUCCCACAGCACUGAAAUAAGAAUAUAGCUCUCUUCCUGUUUUCCUGCUUGCUUCUAAUGUGAUUGCUCUUGAAUAUAGAUUUGGAGAUUCAUUAUUUUUCUGCUGAUUUUAUGGGAUGUGUUGGUACAACUUCUAUGACUGCUAAUGAAAGAUGUGUACAUAGCUUUCAGUGAAUCAAGAAGAGACUAUGCUUCUCUAACCAUUUUUCUCCUUCUGCUUCACAAGAACUGCUAACUGCAUUCAGAACUUUCUUUGGUAACAUGAAUAGCUGUAUCAUUAUUUUGAUGAAAUGCUAUCCAAUAAA